AUGGGUAAAAAAAUUAAUAUUGCAAUUUAUUUGGUUCUAUUAAAUUUGUUUGUUUAUGGAAUUAAAUAUGGAGAAAGUGGUAUUCCAGUGAAAAAAUCUGUUAACUUGAGAAAUAGUUACGAAAACAAAAAUAACUCACAAACAGACAUAAAUGCUAUAGAUAAAAAAAACUUCCAAGAUGAUCAAAAAACCUUUGCAAUAGAAGGUAACGAUGAAAAUCAACCAGAGAGUAAAGAAGAAAAUAUAAACGGAAAAAACAAGGAAAAACAAUCGUCUGAUUCCGUCAAAGUAUCUGACAAAGGUUUCAAUUCUGAUACUUUAAAAAAAUCCGAUGGUACCUCAGAUAAAGGCGAUGUCACUGAUAAAAAAGAGAAACAACCAGAUACCUCGUUAGAUAAAAAGGAAGACACCCUUUCCAAAGUUGAUGAAAAUAUUCCAUCUGAACAAGGUGUACAAAAAACUCCCCUUAACCCAAAUAAUCAAACGCAGACUGUAAGGAAUUCAGAAGGCGAUAGCCCUACUGCUAUGAAGAAAACAGUUCAAGAAUUUUCUGAAGGUUCUUUAGGUGAUAAGAAAUCACAAACUGGUGAUGUAAAUCAUGUUGUUCAAAAUUAUAAUAAACAAAAUGGUCAAAUUCUAUCCCAUACGCCCCCGAAAGGUAAAGAUGUAACGCCACCAGGUAAAACUAAUGGUAAAUAUGCUAAUGAUUCAUCAAUUUUAGGUAAUACACCAUUAGAUGGUAAGCAACCUAAUAAUGAAGGAAGUAUUGAUAAUAAAGAUAAUGCACCUACUAACCCUAAAAAUGAAGAUACUUCUGCAAAUAAUACUAACAAGGAAAAUGCCACUGAUAAAAAUAGUGACAAAAUUUAUGGUUCUUCAACUGAAGAUGCUAUUGAUAACACAAAAGGUCAAACCAAAGAAUUUCAAAGUGGUAUCGGUGAAAAUAGUAAUACUCUUGCUGGUGAUAUUAAAACAACAGAACCUAGUGAAGAUGGCAAGCAAAAAGAAGAGCCUAAUUCAAUUGUUAAGGUUCCACCUGUUGCUCCUAGUAAUGUUCCUGAGCAAAAGAAAGCCGAUCCUGACACUUUGAAGUUGCCCCCUGCUAACUCCAAUAAUGCAAACAACAAUAAUUUGAAUGAUACUGAAUCUAAUGGUAAAAUUAGUAAUGAUGCUACUCCUAAAGAAGAUGUAAAUAAUAAUCAAACUAUUUUAGAAGAAACGGAAAAUAAUCCUAAAGUUAAAACUAACACCAAAGAUAAUGCAGUAAAUAAGAAUGUUGAAAUGAGAUAUGAUAACGAAGAAGAAAAUAAAAACGCCAUAAAUGAAUCGGUGAAUAUUAUGGAAUUAUAUACAAAAGACCAAAACAAUGCCCAAGAAAAAGUAAAAUUUGACAAUGCUAGAGAUAUUCCACAAAAUAAUAAAAGAAAAAAAAAAGAAAAAAAAAAGGUGCCAAAGGAAUCGGGAAAAGGAAAACCAAAAAAGAAAGAAAAUAAAAAUGAGCUUAUUACCAUUUAUUAUAAAUCUAAAAAAAUAAUUUCUGAAUAUUAUGAAAAUAUGAAAAAUAUCAAGAAUCAAAUCGAAGAUUAUGUAAAAUCGAUGGUGGAUUUAAUAGACACUAAUUAUGAAGUUUCAAAAACUUUAUCCAAUUUUUCAGAAAAUGUAAGUAACUUUAUACGUAACAUAUAA